AUGGCGGCGUCGCACGGAUCGACGGCUCUCCUUCAUCGCCGCCUCGCAGACACGGCCUCUCUCGCUUCCGGAUCCUCCUCGUUCUUCGUUCCCUCGUUGGAUCCUAGCUUCUCCCCGUCGUUACCGUACCGCCAUCAACGCUCGUCCGUCGAUUUCCCCUCAGAUCAACAGCCAGAUCGCUUCGUGCCAGCUGGCUCCAGAGCUGCCGCCGAAUGCGGCCGCAGCCGAGGCGCCAUAGCGAGCGUAUGUCAUGCCGUUGCUAGCGGCGGGAGCGACGGCGGCAGCGGCGGAGGUGCGACCUACGCGCGGAGCUGGCGAAACAGGGGCGAGAGCGCGCGGGCUCGGGUGACUAUAGCGCGGGUGGGGAUUUCGAUGUCAGGGCUGUCGCUUGGCGGGUCUUAUAGCGGGGGCUCGGGGUCCGUUUUAGGCUCGGGGGAGGCGCAGCAGGGAUGGCAGCAGCUGCGCCGACCGCAGCAGCAGCAGCAGCAAAAGCUGGGGGGAAGGCGCGGGGUUCUUCCGCAAAGGCGGCCAUCGGCGGAGCUUUUGUCGGAGGAACGGCGGAAGAAGGAGUUGGAGCGCGCAAUACGCGAGGCUCGGGGGAAAGGGGGCGCGGAGGGGCUGGCGGAGGCAUUGCAGAUAGAGCCGCCGGCGCAGCCGCAGUGGCCGUUCUGGCGGAAGAAGCGCGAGUCGAGCUCCGGCGAGGCGCGCAUGCUGACGCGACGCAUCGUGGAGCUGGGGAAACGGCGACAGCUGGACCAGGUGUUUCAACUAUUGGACGACGCCAAGCGAAGCAAGAAGGCGGUGAACAUGAUCACGAUGAAUGCGGCCAUGGCGGCGUGCGUGAACUGCGGCGACAUCGACCGCGCGCUCGACCUCUUCGACGACAUGACCGGGGACGGCGGCACGGGCGUCGAUUCGAUUACAUACGGCACGCUGCUCAAGGGCUUAGGUCGUGCAAAGCGGUUGGACGACGCAUUCGAGGUGUUGGAGGCGAUGGAGGACGGCACGGCGCCGGGGCGGCCGGAGCUGACGGCGGUGCACCUCAACACGCUCGUCAACGCGUGCGCGGACGCGGGGGACGCUCGGCGCGCCAUGAGUGUCGUGCAGCGCUACAAGCGCGCCUUCUCGGGGGCCAUCGGGCCUUCCGCGUUUACCUACAACCUGCUCCUCAAGGGCUACGCGCGGUCGGACAACCCACUGGAGGCGCUGAGCGUGGCGGAGGAGAUGCACCUGCAGGGGCUGCAGUGGGAGCGCGUCACCUUCAACUGCCUCAUCCUCGCCUGCGUGCGCGCCGGUGACAUGGACCGUGCACUCGACCUGCUGCAAGAUAUGAAGGCAGAGGCGCUGAGGAGGGGCGAUGACGACGUGCUGCCAGACGCCGUCACCUACACCACCAUCAUCAAGGGUCUAGCGGAGGAGGGCGACAUAGAGGCGUUGAGGGACGUGGUGGCGGACAUGAAACGCGCCAGCUGUGUGCGCAGCCCUGCGGGCCCCUCCCAGCCGCACUGCGACGCGCUGCUCGCGGCUGAUGGGGCGGAAGCGGGCGUGCGCAGUGCUGUGAGCGAGGUGACUCGCAGCAGUGGCGUGCCUGGUGCCAGCAGUGGUGCCAGUCAUGGCAGCAGCGGUGGAGCAAGCAGCAACCCGCUGGUGAUGGACCGAGUGGCCUACACGGCCAUCAUCGACGCCUUCAUUGCUGUCGGGUCGCCUGAAGACGCCCUGCAGUGCAUGGCAGAGUUGGAGGAGCUGGGGAGAACAGACCGCUCCAUGCGGCCGCGGGCGCACGUCUUCCUCUCCCUCAUGCGCUGCCUCGCUGCUGCCGGCGACCUGCCGUCCACGCAGCAGCUGGCCGCCCGCCUGGUGCGCGACGCCGGCGGCCGAGUGUGGCCGGAGGAGCGGGCGGAGGCGGCAGAGCUGGUGCUGGAAGCGGCUACCUGCGCGGGCGAGAUGGGUGUGGCAGCGCGGCUGCUGGAUCAGAUGGAGGCCAUGCACGGCCACCAGCUGCGCAUGUCCCUACGCGGCAUGCAGGCGGUGGUGCAGCUGAUGGCAGCAACAGGGGCGGGCUUUGAGCGCUUCACGCCCAUCGGCAUCAGACAAGAGGUGCCCAGAACGCUGUCGCUGCGUGACACGGUGCAGUCCGUCAUGGUUCCCCUGGCUGACGUGGCAGUGGCCCACCCUGACCAGUCCCUGGCGGAGCUGAGGUCAGCACGGCCAGAUCUGAUGCCUGCUGACGUCAUCCCAGUGAUCAACGGUGCUGAUGAGUGCGUGGGGGUUCUGAGAGUACCAAGUGAUGCCAUGGACCCCACGACCCUCGUCUCGCACCUCAUGCUGCCCCCCCCGCCGUCGCUCUCCUGCCUCUCCACCGUCUCGGAAGCCGCUCUGCUGCUCUCCUCGCGCCGCACGCCCCUGGCAGCAGUGGUGGCGGGCAGUGCACGCAUGCGCUAUGGGCUCGCCAAGGAGGCUGUGCAGCGGGGCGCGGGCGAGGAGCGGCGCGUGGUGGGGUUUGUGCGUGCCGAGGCCGUGUUCGAAGGGCAUGGUGGGUGCUGGUGGCACUCCGGGGAGCGGGAAGAGGUUGGGGAUGGUGGGGAGGAUGUGGCUGGUGUGGAGGGUGGUGAUGUGCCUCUUGGUGAAGCUGUGGAGCCUGAGCCGCGCGUGAAUGGCAAAAGCUGGAAGGAGCAGCUGACGUGGCACAUGCGGAACUCGGCAUUGGCCCUCGUCCUGUUCUCUGCGCCAUUCCUUGCAGCCCUCGCGUCCCCUCUCACACCCUGCCCGGCCACACGACUUCGCCUCGCCCCCCCAACGGCCACUGCAGCCACGCUUUCUGCCUCCCCCGCCUCCCAAGAGACCAAUCAAGAAGACUCUUCUGCCCCAGGCUCCACUGCCGCUCAUUCUGCUUCCACCACCACGGAUCAUCACAGCACUGCUCAUGCUACUGAUGGUGCUGUUGAAACUGGAACCGUCAACAUAGCCAGCGUCACCACCACCCCUCCCACUUCUGCUACCGCCACCCCCUCCACCCACCCAUCCCCACCGCACUCCACCGCAUCCCUUCCCUUAGCCGCCACAUCCCCUAACCUAGCGUCCAUAUGGCAGCGCGUGAUUGGCUCCACGUCCGAGUGGGUCCCGCGGCCAGUGGACGGGCAGAUAGGGCUGCAGGUGGGGCCGCCCUCACCCCUCUUCUCCCUUUCUGAAACCCAAGCCCACGGCGACCACUCCCUGAGCCCAGGGGGAGGGGACCACAGCCCCUAUGAUUCAUCCCUCAGCGCGCAGGACUGGCAGCAGCAGGGGCAGCGGCUUGGCGAGACGGGCAUAGGGGCGCUGCUGUCGCCGGGGGGGCCGUGGGGGCGGCUGGUGAGGGAGUGGCGGUGGGCGCGCGUGCAGUACCUGUGGGACGUGCUGCUGGAGCGGCAUCCUGUUGUGUACAUCAUGCUGCUCAUGACCAUGUGCACCACGCUCGUCUUCCUCGGCGGAUUCCUCUUCCACACCUUCCGGCGGCACAAGAGUCUGGGAGAGGACAUGUGGGACGCGUGGUCCGCCCUCGUGUCAUCUAGCUCGCACCUCAAGGAGAGCACGCAGGAGGGGCGGGUGAUCGGCAUCAUGCUCACGCUGGGAGGUCUCUUCUUCUACUCGCUGCUCACCUCCACCAUGACCGCGCAGUUCAAGCUUCGCAUGGAGUGGCUGAGGGAAGGCGCUCACUCGCAG